CCGUGUGCGCGCAUGUUCGCCAUCGCCAUCAUCGUUACGUCAGUUGUGUGUGCCGGAUGUUCCUCUACAACGUGUUGAAGAAAAACUCACGUGUGUGUUUUUACCUUACACCGUACACUCAAUAAUUGGAUCAAAAAGGAACAUAUUCAGCGAUCGUCAGUGUCAUUUGGAGUCAUGGGUCGUAAAUUGGAUCCCACCACCCACGUGAAGAAAGGGCCGGGGAGGAAAUCCAGGAAGCAGAAAGGAGCGGAGAUAGAGUUGGCCAGUUUCAUACCUGAGGAGGAAGCAACAGCGAAACGUCUGUCAAGCAGAAGCAGGAAGAGAGCGGCAAAACGAGUCCUGAGUAAGAAAGCGCCGAAAGAUGCUGCUAAGGAAAAACCAAAGAAAGGAUUAACUGAUGAGAAACAGUGAUGGUUGACACUCAGCUAAGAGGAGCGCAAACGGAAGAAGCUGAAGGGUGGGGAUAAAAAAAAACAGCGUGAACCAACUGGAGAACGAGGAAGUCUGCGAGAAUGGAGGAAUGAGGAGAGGAGGAGACAAAGAAAGAGAAAGAACAAGGAAAGAAGAAGAAGAGAC